AUGGAUCAGCAAAACAAAGAGCUAAGAAAGGACUUGAUUAUGUGGGAUAGAAGGCGAAAGUUAGCUGUUGUUCAAGUUGUUUGCCAUGUGGUAUAUUGGUAUAUGCAGAGAAAAUAUCAUCUUAGGAAGUACGUGAACCAUCCUAUUAAUUACUUGGAGAGAGAAAAAGUGAGGAUUGAGCUAAUGACAAAACUUAAAUGUAUUAAGUAUUGUCGUAAUAUCACCCGUAUGGGGCCGCAGGCAUUUCAAGAUUUGUGUCAUAUACUUGAAAGAGAUGGUGGUCUGAAACCAACAAAACGUGUAACAGUUGAGGAACAAGUUGCAAAGUGUCUUUACAUUUUGUCACAUAGCGUAAAGAAUAGAAAUGCUUCAUUUUUCUUUCGUCACUUCGGUGAGACUGUAAGUCGGCAUUUUCAUAGUUUUUUAAGAGCUCUUAUAUCAUUAGAAGAUCGAUUUCUUUGCCAACCUAAUGGAUCCGAAGUCCCUCCAGAAAUACUCAACAAUAAUAGGUUUCAUCCAUAUUUUAAGGAUUGUAUUGGAGCACUUGAUGGAAUUUGUGUUAAAGUAUCUAGCAAGGAUGCGCCGAGAUAUCGUGGUAGAAAAGGUUACCCUACACAAAAUGUAUUGGCUGCAUGUUCAUUUGACUUAAAAUUCACUUAUGUUUUACCUGGAUGGGAAGGGACUGCAUCUGACUCAAGGAUCAUAAAAAAUGCACUCACUAGACACGAUAAACUGAAAAUACCCAACGGCAAAUUUUAUCUUGUUGAUGCGGGGUAUAUGUUAAGGAGUUCCCUUAUCCCUCCUUACAGAGGUGUGCGUUAUCACUUGAAAGAGUAUUCCAACCAUCCACCGGAAAAUGCUCGAGAGUUGUUUAACCAUCGACAUGCUUCUUUACGCAAUGCCAUUGAGAGAGCUUUUGGUAUGCUAAAGAAACGAUUUCCCAUCAUAGCAAGCACAGCUGAGCCUACUUACUCGGUUAACACACAAUCAACUAUCGUAAUAGCAUGUUGCAUCUUACAUAACUUUUUAAUGGGUGUUGAUCCAGAUGAAAACAUUAUUGCUGAAGUAGACAAAGAGCUUGAAAAUCAAUGUCAAACUCAACAAACGACUCGUGCACCAAGGGAUACUGAUGAGGAUGCAAAACAGGAGAAACUCAUUAGAAAUGUGAUAGCAGCUACAAUGUGGUCUGAUUAUGUUGCUAAUCAAGAGUGA